AUGUCGAAUAAUUCAUUUUGGACAGUUUUCAACUUCACGACCAACUUUCACGACGUGGCCCGAGUGUCCCGAGACGCGUACAAUCGCUGCUCGGUAAAUGCCAUCAUCGGUAGCCCUAUCACGACUGGCCCCGCUAACAUCACCCUCAGUUCCACUGGCAACCAAUACUACAUCUGCACCUUUGGAACCCACUGCGCGCAAGGAGGACAGCGGCUCAGCAUCAAUGUCGUCAGCAACUCCGCCAGCCGAGGCGCCAGCCCGCCAGCCGCCAGUCCGCCGGCGGCCGCCCCUCCCCCCGCCGCCACCCCACCGGCGGCCGCGCCCCCGACCACGACGCCAGGAGACAGUCCUUCUGCCCUUCCCGCCGCCCCAUCGGCGCAGCCGCCGGCGACCCCCGGUCAGCUGGGUUCCGGCGCCGGUUCGUUGGCCAGAAGUUUCUUGUUUGUUUUGGCGUCUGUCGGAGUGUAUCUGGUUGUCUAA